AUGGAAAAACCAUAUAAUGACACAAUGUCCCAUGAGUUGAAGAAGGUCCCACAAUGUGAAUUUUGUUAUGCAAAAAAAUUUGAAUACGAACCUCCAAGUUUCUGUUGCUCAAAUGGUGAAGUAGUCCUAAUGUCUACGAAUGUGCCUAACGAUUUAUAUGAAUUGUUCACAACCCAAAGUGCAUUAUCUGUAGACUUUUGCCGUCACUUGCGUGCCUAUAAUAGUAUAUUCUCCUUUACAUCAUUUGGAGUCCGUCUUGAUAAAAAUUUAUCAAAUAUGAAGACCGGGAUCUAUACUUUUCGUGCACAAGGUCAAGUAUACCAUGAAUUACCAUCACUUACACUUGGAGAUAAUGGACCGUGUUACCUCCAAUUAUACUUCUACGACACUGAUAAUGAAUUUCAAAAUAGAAUGAGAAUUCUUAAAGAUGCAAAUUUGGAAGAGCCAAUUGUCGUAAAGUUAAUGGACAUAUUAUCUGCAAAUCUAUACGAACAGUUUUUCCGAAGGCUAAAAGAUAUUCCUGUCCAAGAGAGUUAUGAGAUCAUGAUAAAAAAUGAUGUUCGCCUAGACCAAAGAGUUUACAAUUCACCCUCAUCGGACCAAGUUGCAGCUGUGUGGAUAGAAGGAACAAAUUCAAAUACACGUUUAGAACGAGAUAUAAUUGUUACUGCACACUCAGGAAGAAGACAUAGAGUAAGGCACUACUUUGGAUGUUAUGAUUCAUUACAAUACCCUUUAUUAUUUCCAUUUGGUGAAAUUGGAUGGCAUCGUAAUAUCAAAACACGACAUCAACCAAGUAUCGUUCAACAUGUUACGUGUGAAGAAGAUAUUUUUGAACAUGAUAUUGCAACAAGAGUUGAACAAGUUGAUAUGUACAUUAAGCUUGAAUCGACUCGUUUAGAUUACUACCGGACACAACAAUCACAUAUUCGAUCUGAAUUAUACCAAGGAAUUGUUGAUAGCAUUGUGGCAGGAGAAUCUAGAGGAGAUAAAGUUGAAAAAUGGGUUGCUCUUCCCGCUUCUUUCAUAGGAGGACCUAGGGAUAUGCGUAGACGAUACUUUGAUGCCAUGUGUUUGGUUCAGAGAUUCGGAAAACCAAACCUUUUUAUUACAAUGACUUGUAAUCCUGAUUAG